AUGAAUCUCAAGUACUUGUCGUUGGAGCAACGAGGUUCGAUCUUCAUUAUUACUCUGCGGAAUGGCGAAGACAACCGCCUGAACGGGUUAAUUUGUCGAGAGAUCAUUGCGGCUCUGGACCACAUCCGAGAAACGCUAGGCACUGGUUCAGAGGGUGCAGUGAUUGUGCAGGGUAACAAUGCAAAGUUCUUCACCAAUGGCAUCGACCUUGAAGAAGCUGCUGAAGAUCCCAAUGUCUCAGCAGAUGCAUUCUAUCCGAUGCUGCACGCCGUUCUUGAUUUUCCCUUCCCAACGAUCGCGUUGAUUACGGGCCAUACGUUUGGUGGAGGUUGCCCUUUCUCCUUGGCUUUCGACUACAGAAUCAUGAACAGUGAGAGAGGCUUCUUCUGCAUGGUAGCGGUCGACUUUGGCUUGCAUUUUCCAGGUAUCGGUGCCCUUCCAAAGGCAAAAUUGAGGCCAAUGGUUGCACAAAAGGUCCUGCUUGAAGGACGCAAGUACACGGGCAAGGAGGCUUUAGAGGAUGGUGUAGUGCACGCCAUUGCUCCGCCAGACAAAAUGCUGGACGUUGCUCUAGUGUACGCAAACAGGUUCAAAACUAAGGCCAAGGCCGAUGUAUAUGGACUGCUUAGAGGAGAUCUGGUCCGGGAAGCCAUUGACAGUCUCCAGAAGGUAUCGUACGUACAUAAUCCACGCAAGACCAAGACACAGCCUGCUAGAAGCAAGCUGUAG